AUGUAUGUGGAGGAUCCAUCAGCAUUUGAUGAUGAUGGUGAUGAUGGUGAUGAUGGUGAUGAUGGUGAUGAUGGUGAUGAUAGUGAUGAUAGUGAUGACGGUGAUGAUGAUAAUAAUGAUGGAUGA